AGACAAUGGGAAGGACAAUCCUUUCUCUAUUUAUAAGAAAAACUCCAGAUUUAGAUCAGAGAAAAUCAUUUCAGCGUUAGCCACAUACAGCUAUUUAUAUCAUAGUAAAAAUUGUAGAAUAAAACAAGUCAAACCACAGAGAAUGGUAGGUACUUGUUGAAAACACAAUCAUCAUCAUCAUGAAGGUUAGCUCCAUUGCCUUGAACAAAAUACAAAGGAUUUGUAUGAUAAUUAAAAGGAACAUACAUACAGGACCAAAGAAGGUAGCAUAUAUGCCACCGUUCUCCGAAACGUAUGCAUAAAACGCAAGAAAAAAUGAAGACAGGGCAGGGUAGUGCAAGAUAUCUUCUCUUGUGAUAACAUACAACAAGAGAGGGAGCUAUUAUUUGUUAGGAAGCAAAAAUAUGGCGAUUAUGGAAAUCAGAAAUAAGAGGGUGGUGGAAGAUGUUGCAAUAAUCGGAGGGUUGAUCGGAGUCCAAUUUAUCUACGCAGGGAACGCUUUUCUGAUGAGUUAUGCUAUGUCAUUAGGCCUUAACUCUCUUACCAUUGUUAUUUUCACUUCCCUAGCUACCUUCCUUGUUCUCUUCCCCGUUGCCUUUUAUUUUGAAAGGACUAAGUGGCCCAAGGAGUGCAAACUCAAGCUGAUUAUGCAACUCUUGUUUCUUUCAUUUGGAGGACUAGCUUUCCAGUGUCUGUUUCUGAAAGGAAUCAAUCUAACUUCACCAGCAAUGGGAACUGCAAUGCCAAACCUUGCACCGGGUCUUAUCUUCAUCAUGUCUUGGACUUUUGGGUUGGAGAGUGUAAACUUAAGGAACACACAUAGCAAAGUAAAAAUCUUAGGAACACUGCUAUGUGUUUUUGGGGCUCUCACAAUGAGCAUAAUGCAAACCAUUUCUGCUCCUCCGGAAACCGGUUUUGAGGCUACAGUUCAAUCAUCAUCGACGCCAUUGCAGUUUGUCUUCGACAAGCACAAGAUGAUUGGCAGCCUCUAUCUUGUCGCUGCAGUCUUCAUACUGUCGAGCAGCGUAGUCCUGCAGGCUUUUGUUCUUGGAGAUUUUGCGGCACCUAUGUCCUUGGGUGCAAUAACGUCCUUGUUAGGGGCCUUCAUGACCGCAGUUUUUCAGUUACUUACAGAGCACCAAGUGAAAACUGAUUGGCAAGUUCUGCGUUUUAAAGACCUAAUUGGCUAUUCUUUUCUGGCAGGUGUAGCGAGUGGAAUAUGUUUAAGCUUCAAUGGUUGGGCACUUAAGAAGAAAGGACCAGUCUUGGUCUCCAUGUUUAGCCCCAUUGCUACAGUCUGCUCUGUCAUUUUCUCCCUUGUUACCAUGAGAGACACUAUUAAUUUUGGAAGCAUUGCAGGUAUGUUACUCAUGUUCACUGGCCUGUACUUAGUUCUUUGGGCCAAAGACAAAGAAGGCAACGCAAGAGGAAAUAAUGGCAAUGAGAUUGAGAAGGCUUUUUUAAGUUGAUUGUGUUUUCAAUUGUGCAAAUAGAUGCACAUGCUGUGACCAAGAUUGGAAAAGUUAAGUGUGCUAUGAUACAGUGAUACACGAUGAAGAUUUAACAGCGAUUUAACAUGAUAUAAAGAAGGGCAAAUAAUGUAGCUGACUUCCUUGCAAAACGAGCUGCUCCACAGAUUCGAACUAUGUCGUAGUGUGUUAAGAAGAAUCCCAAUUAUGUGUGUAUUGAAUUUGAAUUUGGAAUAUAUCAAAGAUUAUAGUGUAUACUGUAUUAAAAUAGUUAUAAUUAAAAUAUGAAUUAAUUAAUACAACGAUU